AUGACAGAAGAAGUGACAAUCACUUCUCUUUACCAGAUGCAAGAUGUCACUUCUGACACUGUGACGCGAACACUGGGAAACGUCAGCACACGAGCGAGAAUUGUUGUAGUCUGUCUAGCAGAAGGACUCGGGUACAAGCGCACUUUCAUUUUGGCAGCCAAGGAUGGCGGAUUUCUUACCGACGAGUAUCUCUACAUUUUCGCGGACACAAAAUCCAAAGGAUACGCGUCACCCCUAGCCGGUGGAAAAGAACUACCGAUAUGGGUGGAUGUGAAACCAAAGAGCGAUGGCAGAGACGAGGAAGCUAAGACGGCAUUUGGCAAAACUAUGGUCAUCACCGAUCACAUGGGUAGCGGUGGCCUGACCGACGAGUACAGAAACUUUAGCCAGCUCGUUGUCUCCAGAAUGAAGGAAGCUCCUUUUUUCUGCACUAAGGAUUGCCAAGGAUUUCAGUAUUCAUAUGGAAUGGUUUCCACAGUGGAGCUUUGGAUCAAUGACUUUGAAUCAGGUGAUCAACUCGUCAAUCACCAUAAUGCUUGGGGAAAAUGCAGUGUUGACUAG